AUACCUGUUUACUUUCAGUGCAACAGAGGUAGUGAGGCAGAUUAUUACACUUUCAUGCAGUUUUAUUGCAUUGUAAGGGGGUUCUGGCAUGAAAAUGCAGAAUUCUACUCCAAAUUAAAACACAAUUUCCAGGAAUUAAAGUGGCAUAUGUGGUCUAUGGAGCUGAAAUACUUAAUCACGCUCAAAGACUGAGGGAAUAAUCCAUCUUGGAGUACCAGAGUACUAUAUCAUUGUGAAUAAAAACAUUUAAAAAAAAUUCUGACCAGUCCAUAUAGUUGAUGCCUCAGGUUGUCUUUCCAGACAAAACAAAAGGAGAACACUUACUGCAACAUCAAAUGCAUGCAUCUUGCAAGAUUGUUUUUCAAUAGAGUGCACUUAUAGAAGAUAUCUGAAUGUGUGUGUGUGCUGUGUAAAGCCCCUCUCUGCCUGAAAUAAAAGUUAAGUUGUCUUUAAAGGUGCUGUACAUGACUUUCAGAACGAAAUUCAAUCUGGGCUGGGAUUGUAUCCACACUGCUCUUACUGGAGUUUGAUUGACGUUGAUUCAGUCCAGUAUAUGGUUGUGAUAAACUAGCCAUUGAUACAUGAACACGAGGAGGGCCAACAGUUUCAAAGGGAGGAAAUCACAUGCCCUUACAUGCAAACACAACCAGAACGGCUACCAGAACAAUGAAUAGAGAGGCUCAAAUUACAACACAGGCAGUGUGACUUAAUUCUCUGCUCAGAACGCCAUUACUCUGUUAUGUCUUUACUAGUAAAUAUUUGUUUCCUGCUAUUGCAGUUUCUAAAUAUCUUGUACUCCACUUUUGAAGCCAGUAACUUAGUUUCAAUGUGAGCAGCAUCAACAGUCAAAAAUAAUGCAUACAGUUUCACAGUUUUGUUGCAUGAAACAGAAAGAACAAACAUAUACAGUCUCAUAACUGACAGCAGUCAACGCAAGUGGAAAAAAUGGAUUCAGGCGCUGUGUCAGCUUUUCUACCUAUGAAUCCCCCCGUCUCCCCUGUAGUGAUUACUGUGAGACAGACACAGGUGGACAUGUACUGCUAUUGAGCACACACACACACACGCUAUCAGCAGAAGGGGCCUGAGGGUAUAAAACAGUAGUGGGCAGAAGUCUCCAGUGCAGAAAGUUUCAGGAGGCCGCAGACAUGCUCAAGUUUCUUGUGUUUACCUCUCUCGCAGCCCUCGUGCUGGCUGAGCUGACGCCCGAGCCCAGAUUCCUGGAGGAUGACAGUGUUGAGGAGAGAGUUGUUGGAGGCGAGGUGGCCAGACCCAACUCUUGGCCCUGGCAGAUCUCUCUUCAGUUCAAAUCUGGCAGCAACUUCCACCACACCUGCGGAGGAACCCUGAUCAGGAGAGGAUGGGUCAUGACCGCUGCUCACUGCGUGGACAGGUCCAGGACUUGGCGUGUUGUUCUUGGAGACCACAACAUCAACUCCCACGAAGGCAGCGAGCAGUACAUGAGCGUGAGCCGCGUCCACAUCCACCCCAGAUGGAACUCCAACAAUGUUGCUGGAGGGUGGGACAUCGCUCUCCUGCGUCUGUCCACUGAAGCAUCUCUCAACAACAAGGUCCAGCUCGGCGCUCUGCCCCCUAGUGGUCAGGUCCUGCCCCACAACAACCCCUGCUACAUCACCGGAUGGGGUCGCACCCAGACUGGAGGUCAGCUGUCUAGCCAGCUGAAGCAGGCCUACCUGCCCGUUGUCGACCACAAGACCUGCUCCAGCUACGGAUGGUGGGGCAGCACCGUGAAGGCCUCCAUGGUCUGUGCUGGUGGUGGAUCCGACUCUGGUUGCCAGGGAGACUCCGGUGGCCCCCUGAACUGCAGUGUCAACGGCAAAUGGGUGGUCCACGGUGUGACCAGCUUUGUGUCUUCCUCCGGCUGCAACGCCUACAGAAAGCCCACCGUCUUCACCCGUUCCUCUGACUACAUCAGCUGGAUGAACAGCAUCAUGGGUUGAGAAGAAGAAGAACGAUCUCCAUGGAGACGAGAGCACACUCUGGAUUCAUCUCAGUUUCUGCACAUCUCUGUCAGAAUAAAAUGUCCUGUAAUGUGCACUUU